AUGCAACAAGUAACCUAUGAUUGUGUAAAGCUUAAAAAAAUUACUUCCGAUGUUUCUGUGAAGUGUUUAGAUUUGAUUGAACCUAAACCUGAAUGUGAAGAAGAAAAAAUAGUAAAAAAAGAAGAUGAAAAAGACGUGUCUAUAAACUUUGCAAUAGCCGAAAAUGCUGGAAAAGAUAAAAAAAUGUAA